CCAGGUAAAGAAACAGCGAUGACUGAAAUAUUAGCAAUAAUUGAUAUCAAUCAGACGACGCCCAAACCGGGACAAGAAUGGCCAUCGAUGGUCCCCGCAACUCUUUUACUCGUUUUUGGAAUAACGGGAAACGUAUUGGCCUUGAUUAUUCUCUGCAGUUCUACAAAAACUCACAAAUGGCGGCCAUUCUAUCGCUUUGUUUGUGGACUUGCCAUCACAGAUGGGGGUGGAGUGCUGCUGUCCUACCCGAUCAUUAUGGUUCGAUACGGCUCCAAAUUCAAAUUUACCUAUCCGGAACGUUUGUGUGACUACAUGGCAUUUAUUUUUAUGUUUACUAUCCUGGCCUCGGCUCUAAUUGUUUGUGCAAUGUCUUUCGACCGUUUUAUUGCAAUUCUUUAUCCUCACUGUUAUAACACCCCUACAAAAAAUCGGAAAGCUGUUUUGACUAUUGUAGGAAUUUGGAUUUUCUCUGCCUUUAUGUCAAGCCUCCAUUUGAUGGUCGGUCAGAAAAGUCAGAAUUUUUUUCCGGGUUCUUGGUGUUUUAUGGAUUUUUCAGAUGAUGCAACAUCGAGUAGGAUCCUGGCAGUUCUGUACUCACUGACAGGCAUUCUGAUUCUUGCCACCACUGCUGUACUAAACACAAUAGUGAUUAUCAGAGUCUGUUACGAUAGUCACCAAAAGAAGAAGAAUAUAACAAAGAAAAAGAAUAUCCAUAUUAUUAUCUUCCUCUUCCUAAUCGUGAUCUUGUUUUCUUCGUGUAUUUCAUCACUUUUAGUAAACAUAUUCGGUCACGCAGUCGGAACCAUUUCGGGAAAUGGACAGUUUGAACUUAAUUCGGUUCGUCUUUCCAUUUUGAAUUCAAUCAUUGAUCCUUGGAUUUACAUUUUAUUUCGAAAAGAUACGUUUGAUUUUUUCAAGCGAAGGGCUGUUACACUGGGAUUCAUUUCUGUAUCAACUUCAACCUCUGGCACUCCAUUCACCAAGAAAGAAAACCUUACCUCUGAUCUGACUGGUUCGCAUGCAGAGUCAUCACAGGAAAUGGUCAAUCCGGCUUGA